AUGGCAUGCUCUUUUGACGAGAGGCCGAUUGAUAUCGGAGCGCAAAUAAUUCGUGCCAUUCACAGAGAGAGAUUAAUCAGACCACGGCUCGACAUAUUGUCCUUUCCGGAGGACUUUUUGCUGGAGAGAUAUCGUUUUUCACGUGAUUCUUUGCUUUAUUUAAAUAACCUUCUCCAACCAUACAUUGCAAAUGUGACCAAUCGUGGAUCUGCCCUCAGUCCACUCCAAACAAUUUGCACAGCUCUCCGUUUUUUUGCGACGGGAAGCUUUUUGUACAGCGUAGGAGAUGCUGAGCACAUAGGCAAAGCCACAGUCUGCCGCUCAGUACGUAAAGUUUGUCUUGCGCUGAAGCGGUUGUUGCGGAACUUCAUCGUAUUUCCAGGCCAUAAACCCACGAGACGCAUGAAAAUGGAGUUUCACCAACUUGCAGGAUUUCCAAAUGUAAUUGGGUGCAUUGAUGGCACACAAGUGCCCAUACUGGCCCCAUCUAUAAAUGAGGCUGAUUAUGUGAACAGGAAAGGCUAGCACAGUAUAAAUGUUCAGGUAAGUGUACACUGCCUAUAUUGGAUAUUUCCAAUAUCUCCAUGGUUUGUUAAUCGCU